CUCGUGAUCGCACUCGUCCGGGUCCAAUCGCUUCCGAACCAGGGACUGCAUAUGAUGCGAUUAUGACUCGUCGUUGUUGGGUUGGAUUAGUCUCAAUCGGUGUUCCUUGAAGCUGAUCCGUGGUUUUGGGACCCAGACGGUAGUCUCAUUUUUGUCUACAUCCGGUUCGGGCUGUCUAAGUUCUCCGUACAGGUUCAGCGAAUCCCGCUAAAUCCUGCGUGGCGUCCCCCUUCAUCUCCCCUCGCGCCUUCAAGCGAUUGCGUGGAAAUCUCGGGGCCUAAAUGUCUCCUGCUACUUAAGACACACCAAAUGUUUGAUCGUAUGCGUCAAAGAAAACAGGAAUAUUAGAUUACGGUAAAAUAUUGCAGAAGAAUGACCGCGAUUAGGAUCACAAGCCUUCCUCCUCACCUCAAAUUUCGGCGUCACACGGAACAAUUGAACUCAUUGUCAGAAAGCCCUCCAUACGUGAAGACAAUUAGAGCUGCUUUUGUACCUCAUCCUGUGAAAUGCUCAUCAGCUGCAAAGAGCUGCAACAAAAAUCCUAUAGUUAAAAUGUGUGGUGUAACUUCUGCUAAAGAUGCAGAAAUGGCUGCUCAGGCUGGUGCAAACCUUAUUGGCAUGAUUCUUUGUCCGGGAUCAAAACGUUCUGUUUCAUUAUUGGUGGCUAAAGAAAUCUCAAAAGCUGCACGCGCUUGUGGGGCAGAGCCUGUUGGAGUUUUUGUAGAUGAUGAUGCAAACACAAUACUACGGACUUCUGAUGCAUGCAACCUUGAAUUUGUGCAACUCCAUGGUGAUGGUUCUCGUUCUGCACUCCCAAUGCUUUUGCAAGAGAAUCGGAUUAUAUAUGUUCUCCAUGCUGAUGAAAAUGGAAACAUACUCAAUCAUGUUCCUGAUAAAGAAUCUUCCAUGAUCGAUUGGCUUUUGGUGGAUAGCGCAAAGGGUGGCAGUGGUAAAGGAUUCAACUGGCAGAAAUUUCAAAUGCCAUCUAUAAGAAGCAAAUUCGGGUGGUUGCUUGCUGGAGGCCUCCAUGCUGACAAUGUUUGUGAAGCUGCUGCUAUGCUUCGACCAGAAGGGGUUGAUGUCAGCAGUGGCAUCUGUGCCUCGGAUGGAAUUCAGAAGGACCCGGUGAAGAUAUCUUCUUUUAUGAAUAAAGUGAGGUCGUUAAGUUAUUGAUCAGAAUCCGGCUGCGUGCUUUUAUAACUGCGUCUGAACACUGGUCAGCUUCUUGGCUGCAUAAACUGGCUCCAACCAUAAACUGCAUCUUAUCAAGGUGUAACUCUACAAGUUUUAGACUUUUUUUUUCAUGAAUAAGUUGAUGCUUUUAGCUUGUUAGGGUGUAAGCCUACAUAUUGCAUGCCGGUAUGAUUUAUUUCCUGAUUUAUAACUAUAUUUUGAAAGUUCA